CUCUCGACUUCUUCUCAGAGGAGCAGCAGCUUUACCUCCAGCAGAUAAUGGCCAACUGUGGACCAGCCUGUACCGUCCCCUCCUGCGCUUCCAGCCCUGUUGUUGGCUUUGGGUCAGCAGGCUCCGGUGGUCUUGGAUACGGCGGUCUCGGCUACAGCUAUGGAGGUCUCGGCUACGGCAAUGGAGGUCUUGGCUAUGGAGGUCUGGGCUAUGGCUACGGAGCCGUCGAAAAUUCUGGCAAUCUGGGCACUCUGGCCGGAGUCUACCCUUCUUGCAUCAACCAGCUCCCCCCAGCAGAGGUCGUGGUCCAGCCUCCCGCCUCCGUGGUGACCAUCCCAGGAGCCAUCCUGUCCGCUAGCUGCGAGCCCGUCUCCGUGGGAGGCAACACUCCCUGUGCCAUUGGGGGUUCCGGGAUUGUAGGAGCCGGUCUCUAUGGUGGCCUGGGUUCUGGCUUCGGUAAUGGAGCCCUUGGAAGGCGGGGUGGAUAUUUUGGAAGGGGGGCUCUCCUGGGGCGCCGUGGGACCGUCUGUGGGAACAUCUGCGUAUAA